GGGGCGGCAGCGCUUCGCACCCUGGCGCGCGGGGCGCGUCCCGCUUUUCUGCUCUGCUGCUCGUCUUGCUGCGCGCGGCUGCCAUGGCCGCGCCGGGCCGCGGCGCCCUGGAAGGGGUCGCGGCGACCGCCGGCCUCGAGAAGCUCGCGGCCCUCGCCUGCCCGCCCGCUGCCGAGCGGGCGGCCGAGGCUGGCUCCUGCGCCGCUCGCGUCGGCGCCUUCGCCCACGCGGCCCGGCGGGCCGCGCCCGCUCGGCCGGCGCCCCGGCCCGCGCCGCCGCCGGCGGAGCCCGCGGAGGGUCGGCGGGCCGGGCGCGGUGCCGUCGUGGAAGUGGCGUGCCUGGCCGCCGCUCUGCGCGCGGACCCCGGCGACCGUCAGAGCGGGCUUGGC